GCGCUGAGACGUUAGAAAGGGGCGGGACGGGGCGGCUCGUACGGCCGGGCAGCUCGUACGGCCCCGCACCUACCGCUGCCCCGGGGCGCGCACGUGACACGCCCCCCUGACCCCACCCCUCGCGGAGGGUGCCUCGCUUCCUCCCCCGCCCCGCGCCGCCAGUGCCUCAGCGCCGUGCGCAGCGCCGGGCCCGCCGGCCGGAGCGGCAGCGCCACACCCCCCUCGGCCGAGCCGGCAGCCGAUGGCGUUCUCUCCCGUGGCCGUGGGCUCGGACGCGUCGCCGGAGCCGGGAGGCGGCGGGCGACUCGGCGAGGAGGCGGAUGCGGAGCGGAGGGGCCGCCUGAAGGAAGCGGCGGGUUCGUCCCUGGCAUCGCUGUGUCUCGGGCCGCUCGCCGGCCCGCGGCGCUUCGGGACCCUGGUGGAGUGCCUGGUGCUCAACUACCGCCUGCGGCAGGGGCCGGGCCGCGGCCGGGAGCGCGGCGUCGAAAGCGCGGCCGAGGGACCGCUGCGCUGCUGCGGCUGCGGGCGCUUCCUGAGCGAGCCGGUGACCGUCCCGUGCGGGCACACCUACUGCCGCCGCUGUCUGCGGAGGGAGCUGCGGGCCCGCUGCCGCCGCUGCCGGGACCGGCUGCUGCCGGCGGGAGGCACCGGCUCGGCCGCCGCCCCGCUGCGGACCAGCGUGGUGCUGAGCCAGCUGGCCGAGAAGUGGUUCCCGAGAGAGUGCGAGCGGGCGCGGGUCGGCGGGCGGCUGGAGGAACUGCUGGCACACGGCCGAUACCGAGAGGCGUUGGGCGCCGCCGGGCAGGCGCUGCGGGCAGAUUCCAAUAACUUGAUGCUAAGAAUCUACAGAGCUGAGUCAUACGCUGGCCUCCAGGAGUAUAAAACAGCCAUAGAAGAUCUAAACUUUGUUAUUUCUAAAAUGCCAAAUUGGCCAGAGGUCUACUUCCGGAAAGGAAAAGUGCUGCACGACUCUGGCUUUGUAGGCGAUGCCUUACAACUGUUUCUACAGUGCUUAGCCCUUGAUGAGGAUUUUCUUCCAGCCAAGAUAGAAGUAGAAAAGACACUGCAUGAUGUACUGUCACCAGAGAAGAUAGGAGAGAAUUUGAAGGAAUCCGCUUGGAAUUCAUCACAUACUCGAAAUAAAUCUUUUGUGCUUGGUUCUGAGAUGACCGAGCCUUGCUGCAAUUUACAACUUUGUCCUGAGCAGAGUUUAGGAAGAUCAGAGGUACUGGAGCCUGUGAUUGGAAGCCUAAAUCGUGCACAAUCUGCCCAUGCUCUUAACUCAACAAAAGCCCUUGCCAAGGAAGAUGGCUUAAAGAGAGUAUCUUCUGAACCUCUUCUAUCUGGUCAAGAAAAAGGUGCUUUGUUGAAAAGAAAGCUUUCAUUUUCAGAGCAGGAUACAAUUGUAUGUGAAGAUGGAAGAAACAAACACAAAAAGCAAGGAGAAAACACAAACAGGGACAUGAAACUGAGUUACGGAACAGUUCCAGGGAAUUUGAUUGAUGUAUCAGACUUCGAGUGCUCUUUAUGUAUGAGGCUGUUCUUUGAGCCAGUGACAACGCCUUGUGGACACACUUUUUGCAAAGGUUGCUUGGAACGGUGUUUAGACCAUGCUCCUCAAUGUCCACUCUGUAAGGAGAGUUUGAAGGAGUACCUUGCAAGCAGAAAAUACAGCAUCACAGAACUACUAGAGGAAUUAAUAAUGAAAUAUUUGUCUGAUGAGCUUUAUGAGAGAAAAAGAAUUCAUGCUGAAGAAACUGCUGAACACUCAAACUUGACCAAGAAUGUUCCAAUGUUUGUUUGCACUAUGGCAUAUCCUACUGUGCCUUGCCCUCUACAUGUGUUUGAGCCAAGAUAUCGACUAAUGAUUCGGAGAAGUAUGGAAACUGGGACUAAACAGUUUGGGAUGUGUAUAAGUGAUUCUCAACAUGGUUUUGCAGAUUAUGGUUGCAUGCUGCAGAUUAGGAACGUUCACUUUCUGCCUGAUGGACGGUCUGUUGUUGAUACAGUUGGUGGAAAGAGAUUUCGAGUUCUACAGAGAGGGAUGAAAGAUGGCUAUUGCACCGCAGACAUAGAGUAUUUGGAAGAUGUUAAGGCUGCUGAUGAAGAAGAGCUGAAGAAACUGAGAGAGCUUCACAACUUUGUUUACAGUCAGGCCUGCAAUUGGUUCCAAAACUUAAGAAACAAAUUCCGCACUCAAAUUCUUCAGCACUUCGGGCCAAUGCCUGACAGGGAGGAAAAUAUACAGGCAAUGCCCAAUGGUCCUGCUUGGUGUUGGUGGCUUCUAGCUGUUCUCCCAGUAGACCCCAGAUAUCAGCUGUCAGUUCUCUCUAUGAUGUCUUUAAAAGACCGUCUGAUAAAAAUCCAACAUAUACUUACAUAUUUUUCUAGGGACCAGUCCAAGUGACUAACCGCCUGGGUCUUCCUGAAAAGUCAAUUUCUUCUGGUUGUAGUAGCAGCUGGAAUUUUUGCUGCCUUUGCACAUCUAGCACUGGUUUGAGAAGUGUAAUGGAACUGCUUUUUCUCUCUCCUUCCCACCUGCCCAGCUUCUUGAACCAUACGAUUCUUUGAAUGCACACUUCCUUCAACUAUGAGAGAAGACCACUGAUGAUUGCACAAAGUCAAUCCAGCUAGAUAUGUUUUUCACAUGAUCUGUUUUACAAUUUGCACUAUGUAGAAGAGAACAUUUUUGAGACUUGAUAAUUUUAGCCACUGACUUUUUAAAGCUGUGGGAAGUUGCAGGACUUAAGGCUGACAGUCCGAGUUUACAACAUAGAAGAGGUAUUAAAGGUUUUGCAAAUAAGUUUGCCUCAUACAACUGUUCUUUUGCUGUUUGCACAAAUAUUUGAAAUAUAGUGUUGAAUAUCACUGUUGGAUAUUACUAUUCUUGUUGAAUUAUCUUGACCAUGAAUAUGGCACAGAUUUUUAAGUUAUCUUGUAAAUGUGUGCAUCACAAAACAGGUGACAUUAUAAACUGUAUGCUGAACUGAGAGCCGAUUUUAAGGAUCAAAUGCAAAAAAAAAAAAAAAAAAAAGGUACUUCUGUCUAAAAAUAAUUAAACUGUGAAUAUGGUUUACAUACCUAGGCCUGUACAUGUUAAAGAGGAGACUGAAAACUAAACGCUAGUACCAGUUACGUUUCUACUGGACUUUUCAGGCUGGCUGUUCUUCCAGAGCACACACUUAGUUUAUAGAGCUUUUAAGGAGAAAUCUUAGAGUGUGCGUGUGUGUGUAUUUGGGAUUGUGCAUCCAGGAUUUAAAAGCUUAAAGUUUAAUUUGAACUCUUUAAGUUGGUGCAAAUGUGAGUUCUAUGCCUUAUAUCAAUAGUAGAGCACACUGCAGUGGCAAGGUAAGCAUCAUGCUGCCAUUAGGUACUUUUUGUAAUUAAAGGUUUGCAUAUUUGUGAAUAUGUCUGAUACUGGCUUUCUUGUAUGUAAAUGAUUUGUAAAAUAUUUCUUAAAUCUUGCUUUUGCUAAUAUAUUUAAUUUUCAAUAAAAGCUAAAAGUUUGUAACAUUUUAACUUUAUCAGAAACUAAAACUUUCUUUCAUUUUCCAUAUCCUUCUGUUGAGAAGCUUCUGUCAGGUACAGCUGCCAGGAGCAGCCAUUUAACUCAAGACUGUGGGCACUUCAUGAUGUUAAGUGGUACGUACAUAAUCUUUUUCUGCUUACAGUAUCUCUCUGACCGAUCAUUGGGUCAGUCAGGUUUGUUGCUGGCGACUUUCUGUUGUACUGUUGUAUCUACUCAAGGUAACUUGAAGUAUGGAGUUUUCAUUUCAGAGAACUUGAAAGUUGUGGGAAACUGUUCUUGCAGAACAACAUUUCACAAGUUUACUGACCAGAUGUUCUGGCUUUGUUCUCUUCCGGUGUAUAAGGUCUGGGAUACCACAGGCAACUGAGAACCUGCUGAAUUGGUUGUAACGUGGAUUUCAAUCCAGGUUAAGUUCUGGGUUAAUAUUUGGGAAAGCUUUAUUUGCAUUAAUGGAAGAAGGAGGAUCUUUUGAUUUCUCUGCUUUGGUAUGUUAACAACCAUUGAAAUCUAAUCUUUGUAUUACCAUGAUCUCCUUAGGAAUGCAGGUGAUGAGAUUUUAUUAUUAUUUUUUAACACAAAAAAGAAAUCUAGUGGUAGGUUUGUGUAUCUUUUUGUUUAAGGAUCAUUAUUGCAUCCAUACUGAAAUCUCUCCAUAACUCUCUUAUUUAAAGUGCUUUUCUAUAGCUGGGAGGGGGAAAGGAAAAAAAAGACGCAAAAUGUUCAGUGCUAGGAUGUAACUUGUUCUAAAGCCUUUACCAAAGCAAAGGGUCCAGUGAGAUCUGAACCUUGAUUUUUGUUGAAGGCGUACUUUCCCAGGUGUUAUUGACUAUAAAUGCUUUCACACAAAAAAGGCCAACAAAAUGAUAGCACCUUGAAUUUGAAAAUACAGUUACAUCAGUGAUAAUCAUGAGUGAUGUAGUUCAGGAACAGUGGGAGAGCUUGCCACAACACAAUAGGCAUGUCUAGGUAGGACAGACAGGAAAAAGUAGAUGAGGGUGACUUCAUCUUCCAGAUGACUACUUGUGUUUUGUUAUGAUGAAGGAAUGUCAGCAUUUUGUUAGAAGUGCUUGUUGGGGCUACUGUAGUCCAUCCUCUGUUGUAUUCUUAGCAAAUGCUCCAACCUGCUGCCCUCUGUUUGUUGAAGUUCUGGGAUUUUAGAAGCUCCAGGUUCCCAUGAAUGCCAGCCUCUUUCUUUCUGUUGAAGACUUGUUCCUUGAAAAAACUCAAACUUGAUGCUUGAUAUUCUCAAGCAUUUGCUGAGCUUUUGGCAGCAGCUUUACUGUAUUAGUUUUGUGUCCAGAUACCCUCCUACUGGUGAUGACAUCUGUCAUCAGAAGAGAGAGAUACAGAGUUUAUUGUUUCUGGAAUUAAAUCCUUCAAAAAACUGAAGGUAUGACUGAACUGGUAUUUCCAGGUCCUAAUCUUUUCCAUACAGAAGCAGAUAUAGAAGAUGAUAAAAGAGAAUGCUAGGGCCUCCUGCUACGUGGCUAAAGAAGAAACCCAAAGCUCUACAGGUAGCCACAGCACUGUGCUGUUCAACCUCUGUUUCAGUUUUUAAAGAAACAAAUUGAAGCAGUGUUAGAAGAGGAAAUAGAGAUCUUUAUGUAGUGUAUGUCUCCCAAAUGCUUGUCAUAAAGUACCCUUCUAAGACGGAACAAGGCUGAACAUUUUUUGGUGUGCUUUUUUUUCCCAUUUGCUUAUUUGCUUAUAAACCUGAGUGGCUGUUCUGACCUGUAGGAUGUGCCUCAUAUCUUGAAUGAAUAGGUAUGCUUUGGUAAUUUGUCUAUAAUAGUGAUUUUGUGUAUCCUGAUGUGGCUUAAAUGAGGAAGAAGCUCAGCUGUUCUGCCCUGUAGAGACCUAAGAUGCUUCUGCACAAGCACAACAGCAGAUGCUUAAGUGGUAGGGAAACUUAGCUUCCAAAACCAGGCCGAAGGGCUUUAUGUCCCUUUCAUACUAUGUAGUAAUUGCAUAAAUCCUGUAAGUGCUUAAAUGUGAAAUGAAACAGAGUUGGGACUGCAACUUAGUUCUAGAACUUGAGCUUUGCGGGGGCUUUAUAUGUAGGGUUUGUUUUUGUAACUCAGUCAUCUAUGUGCUCCCUCUGGUGAGGGAACAGAUGUAGUUCUUCUUUGGGUAUGAAUUGCUCAAGUAGUUUACAGGGGAAAAAAAAACAUAAAAAAACAGCAUGUCUUUAUGCCACCCCAGUAAAAGCAAGGUCCCGUGACAUCAACUCAUUCUUUACAUUCUAUCUAUAUUCAGAUGCUACUGAUCAUUGCCUUUUUUCCCCUUGAAUGUUUUCACAGAGUGGAAUUUGGGAUUAUUAUUGGAAGUGAAUUUGUUAUUAAAGUCUAAGAAGCAGGUGCCACUUACCUGUACCUGAAGCAGUCAAGGAUGUAUUACAAGUCCUGCCAUCAGUACUGCCCUCUGUUAACUAAACAGCUGCUUGCUGCUGCCUUUCAAGAACGAGUGCAGUAGAACAGUUAACUCUGGUGAAGAUGACAUGAGCUCAUGCAGGGUCUGAGGUUUCACUAUGGGUAUUCCAAGUCAAUUAAAAAACAAAAUGCAAAUAAACUUGAGUAACCUCUCCAUUAUACAGUUGGGUUAUUUUUUUGUUUUACAAGGAUACAAGCACUUAAGGUGUUGGGUUUUAGUUUUUAACCAAGCAUUUGCUCUCUUCUUUAGGAAGAAUUUCAUAUGAAGCAGCUGAUUUGCAGCAUUCUAGGGAAACUUAACAUCCUUGCAGCUGACAAACAGCGCAGGUUUUCUCUGAUGAUUACAGCAAUACACCAUUAAUGCUAACUAUGCUGAGCACUUCUUGCAAGGCAACUUCACAAAUGAGGCCUCCCGUUUGAGGAUUUAGUACAGAAUGCAAGAAAGAAAGGAAAAACACUCAAAACCAACCUUCUCCAUGGCAACUGAAGCACUUAACAUGCUCAUGCCUAACAUUGGCACAGUGUUUACAAAUGAAGUUAGUACAAUCAGGGUGAAAGUGAAUUGAUAUAAGAAAUGAGCCACUGCACAGAGCACGGCUUUACUACUAGUUUUUAUUGCAAGGAUGAUAUUUUACCAUGAAGUCUGAACCUUUUUGUCACUAACCAGCUCUAAGUGUUACUAGGUGUUUGUGGUUCUUUUUGUGCUUAGAAGUAAAAAGCAAAUCCCCCUCAGGACUACACAAUGAGGUAGAGUUGUUUUGGCUCCAGUGUAGGCUUUGAACUUAAGAUCUUACUUAACUCUAGAAGGUAGCACUAGUUGGAGCUCUGUGAUGGCUACACAGAAAGAGGAUGUGGUCCUUCCUGUGAAGGCCAAUGGCAGCAAAUCAAUCCAGUUUACCCUCAUUAAGAAGCAAAUACGAGCCACACACAGCAAUAAAACUACAUCUUAUGAAGAAGCAACUGGGCUUCCUCUAACAGUAAGCAAUGUGAUCUACUACUUUAUGCUGCUUUAACACAUAGGGUUAUUUCACAAGUGUUUACCAUUUUUUAAAAGCUGAUGACUUACUGCAUGAGUAUCUUAUGAGGUCUCCACAAAGCAACUUUGAAUUAAAUAGUUUAUUUAAUUAUAAAAGCAUAAAUUGUACAUACAUUGAGUAAUUGCAUAUUUCUUAGAAUCAGUACCUACAUUGAAGAAUGUUGUG